ACCGUAUAAAUUAUAAGCUUGACCAAAGACAAGCUCUCCACUCUCUACCUUUCCCCUCUCUCUCUCUCUCUCCAGAAUUUCUUAUUCGUCUCGUUUGCUGUCGCUUUGCUUCCUCUGUAAGUAUUGUUUUCUGUGUCUGUACAGUUUCUAAAAACCCAGAUUUCUCUGUGAAGACUGGUCCCUCCUCCUGCUAAUUCCAUGGCCGGCCGUUACGAUAAAAACCCUUUCGACGAAGAAGACCAAGUCAAUCCCUUCGCUGACCCAGCAGUUAGGGGGAAGGCAGGGCAGUCAAACUACGGUGGAGGUGCAUUUUACACAACAAAUCCUGCCACAAACUCUAGGCUUUCGCCUCUUCCGCCUGAACCCGCAGGUUUCAAUUAUGGCCAUGAUGCAACAAUUGAUAUACCCAUUGACACAGCUACAGGGGGCCGAAAUUCUAAGGAUUUGCAAAAGAAAGAGAAGGAACUCCAAGCUAAGGAGGCCGAGUUGAGAAGGCGUGAGCAGGAGGUAAAACGGAAAGAAGAUGCUGCUGCACGAGCUGGAAUUGUUCUUGAAGAGAAAAAUUGGCCUCCUUUUUUUCCUAUCAUCCAUCAUGAUAUAGCAAAUGAAACACCAAUUCAUCUUCAAAAAUUGCAGUAUACUGCAUUUUCAACAUUCUUAGGAUUGGUUCUGUGCCUUACUUGGAAUAUCGUUGCUGUUACUACAGCGUGGAUUCAAGGAGAAGGUGUCAAAAUUUGGUUCCUAGCCAUUAUCUAUUUCAUAGCAGGGGUUCCAGGAGCCUAUGUGUUAUGGUAUCGGCCUCUUUAUCGUGCAUUUAGGAAUCAAAGUGCCAUGAACUUUGGAUGGUUUUUCCUUUUUUAUAUGGUCCACAUUGGAUUCUGUGUUGUAGCUGCAGUUGCUCCUCCUAUAUUUUUCAAAGGAAAGUCUUUCACAGGCAUUCUAUCUGCGAUCGAUGUUGUAGGCAACCAUUCCUUAGCUGGGAUCUUCUACUUCAUCGGAUUUGGAUUAUUCUGUCUGGAAACAUUAAUCAGCAUCUGGGUUAUUCAGCAAGUGUACAUGUAUUUCCGAGGCAGUGGUAAAUCCGCCGAGGUGAGGCGAGAGGCUGCAAGAGGAGCAAUGAGGGCAGGACUAUGAUGAUGCGAACCGGUGGCAGAGAAGCAAAGAUGGUGAUGUCCUGUAGAUUGUACAUGUCCUUGGUCACAGAAAAUGAGGAUACAGAAACGAAUGGCUCGAGUUUACUUCUGAUUUAAUCUGUUUUAUUGGUUUGUUUUCUGUUUAUAGUUUUGUAAUGGGUGCUAUAAUUUGUUCAUGCGGUUUCCCGGAGUUUCGUCGGAUGAUUAUCAUAAAUAUGCUACACAAUUUCUAUA